ACUUAUCUCUCUGUGCUUUUUAGGUCACUUUAAAUCCCAUUGUUCCAAUCAUUAUUUCUAUGAAAUUUUCUUUUCUUUCUUUUGGGUUCUAAUUAUGGGUCACUAACGUUUUCAGUAAAGAUAAGAACUUUCUGACCUUGUGAUCUUCAGUUUCUUGAACUUGUCAGAUAAAUCUGAAGCUUAAUCAUCAAUCCUAGAUGAAAUUCAUGUUGGGUGCACUUUAGCAACAAUGGCAGCACCAAUUCAGCACCCAGUAGCAGAAGCCAGCGAAGAAAGCCCAUUCGGAAAAUUGUCCGCCUCAGAAUUUUAUGCCCGCCACAACGUCACUUGCUCUUCCGAAUACAUAACAAACUCCCGCGGCUUCAAACUUUUCACUCAAUGGUGGACUCCACUCCCUCCGACCAAAAUCACCGCCUGCGUCGCCGUCAUCCAUGGCUUCACCGGCGAAUCCAGCUGGUUCGUCCAGUUAACCUCCAUCCUCUUCGCUCAAUCUGGCUUCGCUGUUUGCGCCAUCGACCACCAAGGCCACGGCUUCUCCGACGGCCUUGACGGCCUCAUCUACCAUAUCCCCGACCUCGCUCCCGUUGUAGACGACUGCAUUCACUUCUUCACCCGCUUUCGUCAAUCCCACGCUCCUGGCUUACCAGCCUUCUUAUACGCUGAAUCUUUAGGCGGCGCGAUCGCGCUAUACAUCACGCUUCGUGAGAAAGGCGUGUGGGACGGAUUAAUUUUAAAUGGAGCAAUGUGUGGAAUUAGCGCUAAAUUCAAACCUCCGUGGCCGUUGGAGCAUUUGCUUUUUAUAGUCGCGGCUGUGGUCCCCACAUGGUCUGUGGUUCCCACGCGCGGAUCAAUUCCUGAUGUGUCCUUUAAGGAGAAUUGGAAGAGGAAGCUGGCGACUGCUAGUCCGAGAAGAGUAGCUGCGAGGCCACGAGCAGCUACCGCGCUAAUGAUGCUAAGAGUGUGUGGAGAGUUACAAGAGAGGUUCGAUGAAGUUGAUGUUCCGUUGUUGAUUGUGCAUGGCGGUGAUGAUGUCGUGUGUGAUCCUGCUUGCGUUGAGCAGCUAUAUACACUCGCCGCCAGUAAGGACAAGACGUUGAAGAUUUAUCCAGGAAUGUGGCAUCAGAUCGUUGGUGAACCAGAAGAGAAUGUUAAUUUGGUGUUUGGUGAUAUUGUAGAGUGGCUGAAAUCCCGUGCUGAAAGGGGGAGAAGUGGUUAGGGCUGUUCACUUCCCAUCAUGGAAGAUAGUGGCGCGUAGGAAUGUAACCAAGUAGUUGUUGAAACGGUUUUCAGGCAUCUUAAAUGUGGCAAAAUAACUGUAGCUUAAAAUUAAAAUAAAAGGAUAUUAUUAUUAUUAUUAUUA